CCUAACCCAUGGAUGUCUGCCUAUUGGAUGUAUUCUCAACUCAUCAUGAUAUGACUCCUUGCCGUUAAGAACACCUAAACAAGUUUAUUAUCUCACAGUUUGCUUGGAUAUUGAAAUCUGUUCAUUGACUUCCCGCUUUGUAUUUGCCGUUUUCAGUACUUCAAUACCUAGCAAUGUGGCCAUUCCCAUUAGACCUAAGAGAUCAAAGAUCGCAGAUCUCAUACUGUGCCGCAGUCCAAGCCGCUGGCUCACCGUUGUCCCCGCCAUAAUGGCGUGGGUGGCAUGAUUUAGGCAUCUUCUAUUAUCUUGUUUUAUAUAAAGCAACCAUAUGCGCCCCUUGCAAAUCAUCAGCCAUCACUCUGGUUUGAUUGUCUUAUCUCAUUAAUACAAUCAACAUCAGAUUCCUACUCAGUCUAUCCCUGUAUUCCGCAUCACGAAAGCGGGAUAAACCAGAAAUGGCAGACUCUCUCGUAAAGACGAAUUACGUCUCCAAAGACGUCGCCGUCCCCUCCGACUUCCUCCGCGCCGACCCCCCGGACGCGGAGCCCAUAACCUUCACGCAGAUUGACUUCGCCCGCACGCCCGUCCCGGAGUUCAAGGGUCUGUACGCGGUAGUCCUCGACCACGUGCUCAGCCCGUCGGAGUGCGCGCAGCUGCUCGAGUACGCGGAAUCCAGCGUCUCGGACGAGAACCGGAACAAGGCGACGGGGUCGGCGUGGUCGCCGGCCCUCGUCAGCGCCGGCGGCGGCUACGAGGUCAGCAGCCCGUCGUACCGCAACAGCGACCGCAUCAUCUGGGACAACCAGGACAUGGUGGACCGGCUGUGGGCGCGGCUCGAGCGCGUGCCCGAGAUCAGGGAGGGUCUGCUCUCCUUCACGCAGGAGCCGAACCGCGUCGUCCUUAGGGCGCGGGGCGAGAAGGACGCGCGCGCCGAGCCGCUGGUGUGGGAUUUCCACAAGGUGAAUAAGCGCAUGCGCUUCCUGAAGUACGGGAAAGACCAGUUCUUCCGCGCGCACUGCGACUCCCCGUACGGCGAGGUCACGGCGGACAAGCACUCCGUGAUGACGCAUUUCACGCUGCACCUGUACCUGAACGAUUCGAGGCAAGAGGUUGGGGAGAAGUCCGAGUUGGUCGGGGGCGCGACGUCGUUCUUGUCGUCGAAUCUGGAGCGCAGGGUUGACGUCGAUCCCAAGGCUGGGAGGGUUCUGAUUUUCCAGCAUAGGCGGCUGUAUCACUCCGGCGAUGAGGUGAAGGCUGGGACUAAGUAUACGAUGAGGACGGAUCUCAUGUAUCGGCAACGGCUCCCGCAACCUAAACCUAACGAGGCGACUAAUUAGGUAGACUGAAGGAUUUCAUGGUGCGAUUCUUUGUUUUUCUAGCGUUACUAGCAUAUUACCUAGGAAUGUUCAUGAUAUGUUCAUGAGUUUGAUAUUAU